AUGUCUAUCGUCCCUGUCAAUGGCGUGUUGGUCGCCGGUGCUGGUCCAACGGGCCUCAUCAUGGCCAUCUCACUUCUCAAGAAUAGCGUACCAGUCAGAAUAAUUGACAAGCGCUCCCAUUUUCAUGGUGGCGCACGCGGGACUGCGAUACAGCCACGCUCGCUCGAGCUACUAGCUUUUCUUGGAAUAGUAGACGGCGUCUUCGACAUCGCAACCCCUGCGCUGCUGCUUGCCAUCCAUGGUCCCGAUGGCCGGGUUUCGAAGACAACCAAAUGGCACGAAGAUGCAGAGCCUUCUCCCUCCAUACCCUACCCGGAGCUUGCAUCUACGAGCCAAGCAGAGUUCGAGAAAGUGUUGCGGAAGCACCUUGAAAGCCUGGGUGGUAAAGUGGAACUCGGUGUUGAAUUUGUAGGUAUUCAACAGACCGCGGACAAAGUUACGGCGCGCCUCCAAAUUUCUCGAAACGGAGAGAUUGCAGAGGAUCAAUAUGACUGCAAGUACGUUGUUGCUGCGGAUGGAGCUAAAGGACGAAUCAGAAGUCAACUGGGUCUUACCUUCAUUGGGGAGACCAAAGAAUCAGAACGCAUGUUCGUCGCCAAUGUACAUGCGUCCGGAGUAGACAGGGACCACUGGCAUAUGUGGGGGAAUAUGAGCAUAGCUUCCAUCGGACUGAAGCCUCUCAACCCAGCCCCUCUAUUCCAGGUCCAAGCAUUGGGGCGCGACCUACCAGCUGUACUUCCGAAAGAUACGGAGGGCAUCCAGAAAUUGUUCAACUCUAUCAGUGGCGUGACUGAUAUCAAACUUGAAGAUGCGGAGUGGAUUUCUGAAUGGCGCGCCAACAUCCGUAUGGUAAACACUUUCAGUGUUGGGCGUGUGUUCUUGGCGGGCGACUGCGCCCACUGUCAUUCUCCAGCGGGAGGGCAGGGCAGCAACACCGCAAUGCAAGAUUCGUUCAACCUAGCUUGGAAACUUGCACUAGUGUACAAGCGCCUUGCGUCUCCAGCGUUGCUCGCCACGUACUCCCUCGAGCGCAUGCCUAUCGCAGCGGAACUGCUCGACCUCACCACCGCGCUCCACGCCGAAGUAUGGGACCGCCACGCGUCCGCGCUCGAUGCUACUACCCCACGCACGAUCCAAAACGCCAUGUUCCGACCCAAACGGUUGCUCCAGCUCGGGAUCAACUGCCGCUGGAGCCCUAUCGUAUUGGAGGAACGGGCCGGUGCUGGCGCUGGGAGCGAGCCAGCGAGCGCAUACGGCCAAGACUCGGCGUAUGUGCGGGCGGGAGAUCGCGCGCCGGACGCUACGCUACUCGAAGACGCCUCAGCACCCGGCGCCCCGACAUCGCUGUUUGCUCUGCUCAGCGUUGACCGGCACACCAUCUUAGUUUUUGCAGGCACGAGUACGACAUCCGCGGACUUACAAUCCACUGUUAUCACCCUGCGAGUGCACGAACACUCGGGCGUCGCGCGCGUCGUCGCCAUUCUCCCGUGUGUUUCCUCAGGGUUCCAGAGCGACGGGCCGAUGCUCGUCGAUACUGCGGGGUAUGCGCGCAACGCCUACGGCGUCCAGGGAGAGGCGAACACCUUGGUUGCCAUCAGGCCCGAUGGCAUCAUCGGCGCAUAUGCUCUCACCGUGGACGGCGUCUCCCGCUAUUUCACCAACCUGCUGGCGUGA